GGCGUCUGGCAGGGUAGUCGCGAGGGGCCGGGCUGCUGCACUUCUCGCCGCCUGCGCCACGGCUGCGCGGACCUGCGGGCUCGGGACUAGAGGGAAUGGUUGGUGCCAUGUGGAAGGUGACUGUUUUGGUGACCAUGUUCAUGUUCAGCCCUGGUGGUAAUGGACUCUUUCACUCCAUAUACAAAAAAGCUCGGGUUUCCGUACCACGUAAGGGAGACGUAGGAAAGCCAUUAUUUCUUACUUCCUACAUUGAAGCUGGAAAACUCGAAGAAGGAAAAAGAAAGAGUUUGGUCGCUCCUUUCCCAGGUUUGAAUGUGAAGAGUUAUGCUGGCUACCUCACCGUGAAUAAGACCUACAACAGCAACCUUUUCUUCUGGUUCUUCCCGGCUCAGGUAGACCCCGAGGUUGCUCCAGUGGCCCUCUGGCUACAGGGAGGGCCCGGAGGUUCAUCCAUGUUUGGACUCUUUGUGGAACACGGGCCUUAUUUUGUCACAAGCAACCUGACCUUGCGUCCCAGAGACUUUCCUUGGACCACCACACUUUCCAUGCUUUACGUUGACAAUCCAGUGGGCACAGGCUUCAGUUUCACUGACGACCCCCAGGGAUAUGCAGUCAAUGAGGAUGAUGUCGCCCGGAAUUUAUACAGUGCAUUAGUUCAAUUUUUCCUGUUGUUUCCUGAAUAUAAAAACAAUGACUUUUAUGCCACUGGAGAGUCGUACGCAGGGAAGUACGUGCCAGCCCUUGCACACUAUAUCCACGUGCUUAACCCCGUGAUGAAGAUGAAGAUCAACCUGAAAGGAAUUGCUCUCGGAGAUGCGUAUUCUGAUCCUGAAUCAAUCAUAGGAGGCUAUGCCACAUUCCUGUACCACAUUGGCUUGUUGGAUGAGAAGCAGAGAAAGUACUUCCAGAAGCAGUGUGAUGAGUGCGUGAAAUACAUCAAGGAGAAGAAAUGGCUUCAAGCCUUUGAAGUACUGGAUAAACUACUAGAUGGUGACUUAACAAGCAACCCUUCUUACUUCCAGAAUAUCACAGGAUGUCCUAGUUAUUAUAACAUAUUACAGUGCAAGGAACCUGAGGACCAAAAUUACUAUGGGAAAUUUUUGUCCCUCCCAGAAGUGAGGCAAGCCAUCCAUGUGGGAAACCGGACUUUUAGUGACGGAUCCGAAGUUGAAAAGUACAUGCGAGAAGAUACAGUAAAGUCCGUUAAGCUCUGGUUAGCUGAACUCAUGAACAAUUACAAGGUUCUGAUCUACAAUGGCCAGCUGGACAUCAUCGUGGCAGCUUCCCUGACAGAGCGCUCUCUGAUGGCCAUGAAGUGGAAGGGGUCCCAGAAAUACAAGCAGGCAGAGAGAAAAGUUUGGAAGAUCCUUAAAUCCGAUAAUGAAGUGGCUGGUUAUGUGCGGCAGGUGGAUGACUUCUUUCAGGUAAUUGUUCGCGGUGGAGGACACAUUUUACCCUAUGACCAGCCUCUGAGAACUUUUGACAUGAUUAAUCGAUUCAUUUUCAAUAGAGGAUGGGAUCCUUAUUGAUGGAUAAGCUGCUUUCCUAAAAGAAAAAACAUUGCGGGGAGGGGGGGUGGUGUUAAUCUUUGAGAAGAAAAUUUUCAAAAUGGAAACUGUCAUAGAAAUAAGAAAAUUAUCUUUUUAUUGCUUUAAAAUGUUUCUCAUCAAUAAAAAUUAUCCUUGAAACAA